AUGGAAGAUGGUCUUCCUGAUGGAGUGGCUACCCGUUUUACCGCAGAAGUCAAUCAUUUAGCUAUGAACAAAGACCUUAGUAAGAUAGUUUUGUGCAGUAGUGAUUUCUCAGUCAAGGUUGUGGAUCUUUCGGGUCACGAUAAUGACCGGGAAUCGGUUUUCAAGGGACAUCAAGGAGCUGUCCUAAGUGUGGCUUUUGAUCCUCUCGAUGUAUUCAUAGCUUCUGCUUCAUGUGAUGGCAGUGUCCGUCUCUGGGAUUUGGUAAUUGGAAAGGAAACAAAGUGUAUUUCUACGCUUGCGAAAUGUCAUGAUCCUCUCUUCGCUCCAAGUUCCUGUAGAUUAUGCUGGGAGAGCACAGUUGGGAAGUUUUUACUUGUGCCGGUUGAUAAAGAAAUCAAAAUGUUUGAACGAGCGUGCUGGAGUUUACUUUGCUCCCUAUCCUGCCCUUCAGUCACUCAUGCAUACAAUGUAUGCGCUUCUUCACGGGAUGGCAAUCUUAUUUCAGGUGGAUCUUUAGAUGGGUGGAUUAUUGUUUGGCGUGUUGAAGACAGGCAAGCAAUUCAUCGUGUUCGUGAUCCGUCUCAUAGUCGGAUUUGUAGCUUAGUUUGGCAUCCUCUCGACAAAAAUCUUCUAUUCGCGAACGAAAAUGGAUCUGUGGGACUUGUCCACUCUCCAGACCAUCAGCCUUCUUCUAGAGAUCCAUUGUCUCCGAAUGGAAUAGCUCAGUUAAUGGGUUGUGAUGAAGAUGGUGAUACUGCAGAUCUUUUAAGUGCCGCUGCAGCUCAGGCAGAAUCUAGCAGACUUUUAGCUGAUGACGAUGUCAUCCCCCACUCAAACGAAGACGAUAGUAAUUCUGAUUCCAUUGAUCUAUCUCGAAUCAAGUCCGAUUACAUGUCACUCAAUGACGAAGGUGAGGAGAAACAAGCUCCUACAAAAAUAGAUAUCAAAGCGACUGUUCCUACUACAGAAGAUAAUAUUUGUCCUAAAAGGGAUAACGUCACAAUCCAACCUUUGCAGAAGGCUUUCCAGUCAGGUGCAACACCACUUGGUUUUCGCGAACGUUUCAUGGUAUGGAAUAGAGUUGGUAUCGUGACACAGUUCAGGGACACUGCUGAAUAUCAGUCGGAGGAUGAUGCUUCAAAUCAGUCUUCUGGAGGAAGUAUAGAAGUAGAAUUUCAUGAUAAUAGUUUACAUCAUAGUUUGCGGUUAUCCAAUAGUUCGGGUUAUUCUAUGGCGGAUCUAAGUUUAACUGCCUUAUUGUUAGCAUCUAAAGGUUCAGAUGACCCCAAUCUGGAUGAUUUGAAUGAUGAUGAGCAAAAUGAAUUAUAUGAUCUCAGUCGCAUCGCAAUAUUACCACUCGAUGUUGGCAGUUCAAACAUCGGAGAUGCCUCUGUAGAAUGGACUACAACUCUCCCACCUGGCGAGUUAUGUGAUGCGGUUUGCUUAGUUACUGAAGAGGGUAAUGAUAAAACUGAAAGUCCUGGUUAUGCUGUUGUCGCUACCUCAAAGCGCCUGCUGCGCAUUUUUACCCAACCUUCUCCAUCUUCAUCCGUGGCACAUUCGAAUAAUUUACGUCUGCUUCAGAUAAAUAAGCUAGGUUUGCCACCCAUUAGUCUCUCUGGUCACCACACUGUUGUUUUAGCAAGUCAUCCUAAUAAUCCUAUUUUGGCUGUGGUAACUUGUAAUGUAGUAGGAGAAUUAGAAUGGAGAGUGUUUUACUUGGGAGGAAUUAUGCUUGGAUCCAACCGGACUGCAGCUCCACUAUGGAUGAAAAGUUCCUUAUCUAUCUGGCAACAUUUGCCACUUAGUCCUCCAUUAAAACACCAUACCUCCCUUGACACUUCAGUAGUUCGCUUAACAUGGUUUGGAUUCUCUGAUACUGGAGGAUUGUUUACGUAUGACUCUAAUGGAGUCGUACGACGCCUUAUUCAUGGCCGUUCGCAAGGACACCCAGAAUUUCAUUGGGUUCCUAUUUGUGAUACAAGAAGUUUAUUAAAGCAAAACAAUAGGCGAACAGAUAAUUAUUUCGUUGUUGGUGUCUUAGAAUCCUGUGAAUCUGUAGAAAAUUUGUCUUCUGAAAAUAAAAAGGAUUUGAAAUCCAAUGUCGUUGGGUUUGGUCAACUUCAAGCAAUUUACUGUAAAGCCUCAAAAUGGCCAAGAGUUUUUCCACGACCUGUGGUGUCAAAUAUAUCCUUCCGUCUACCUUUAUGUUCAAUGAAUACCGAUCAAAGUGAUUUGGAGGAAAAUUAUCUUCAGUGUGUAAUCAGUGAAGACUGGCCUAUCUGGGGUCCGAAUAUCACUGAUGCAAAUGAGGAUAUAUUGUCACAUUUAUUAUCAUUAAAUACAAAGUCGCUGACCAAGCGCAAGGCAGUUCUGUUACGUCUUUUUGCGCUGGCAGCGAAACUCGAAUCUGACUGGGCUAGCCUUGCAAUCGCUAAUAUGAUGCCAGAUGCAGCGACUGUUCAGCUUGCUAUUAGAUACGCUGGUCGGCUGAGGCGUCAAAACCUCGCACAUCGUUUAGCAGGAGUCGCUUUAGAAAAAGAACGCCGUGUAUCAGAAGCUGUUGAAGUUAAUGAUUGGGAUGAUAUACUACGGAGUUCAACAUUUAAGGGAAAGUGUAAUAGAGAUCCUACUACGUCCUCCGGUUCUCCGUCGAAAAACCAUAUUCAUUCUCAUUCAAAGACUUCAAGACCUACAAAUGAUUCAGAUUAUCAUGAUGCGACGGAUACUUCACUUGUUAGUUCUGGAACUGAUGAUGGCCAUAUUGAUGGUUCCAUUAAUAAUCUACCUCUAGCAGAUGCCGAGUCUCUGUCUCAUUCUGUGUUAACUCCCUCUUCACGAAAUCCAUUCAAAUCUUCUCAUGAACCGAAAGAAUUUGCACCCCGUUCGGUCGCUCAUGGAACUGAACUCUUAGAUUCUUGGACACCUAAGACGACUGCUACAAACACCAAAGUUUCUCAGAAGCCUAAUGUCAAAAAAACUCAGAACGACAAAAAGCGUUCACUCUCCUCAUCACAACGAUCUAAAUUGCCGAAAAUGAAAUCUGUUGCUAUAACAGACGUUGAUCAAGAAUUCACUGAUUGGUUUGAAGAAAAUCGAGAUACUUUGGAGGAAAGUUAUCCAGAAGUGUCAGUUGAGGAACUUGUUCGCAUAGGACAGUCUGAAUACCGUUCUAUAAAAAGUUCAAAAGACGGUGUUUUUGAUGGAAAAGAUAAGGAAAAUCUACUACAAAGUAAUGCCAAACGUCCAUUAAGUGAAAAUGAUGAUUUAAUUCAGUGUAACUCCAAUGCUUCAAAGAGAAGACUAUCUGAAUUUGAGAAUAAUGUAUCUAAGAGAAUAUCGUCAUUCACAUUCUCUCAGGAAUCUUCAAAAUUAUAA